UCUCUGAUGUCAACGGAACGUGGAUAGCGCUGUGCUUGUUUUUGUUCUGAUAUCUGCGUAAUUCUGGCGCAAUGAAGAACUUGAAUCUUUGGGAUGUGACUGUGAAAGACUUAAAGAUCAAUUGCGAUGAUGAUUUCCUCAUGUGCUACGGUCACGAUGAGGGGAACGUCGGGGAAUUGUAUGUUUGUUCACAUAACCUCGUGGUGAAGUGUUUUCAUGAAGAUGGUGAUGAGACAUGGAGUAGGGAGUUGUCGGAGGUAGCGUCUCCGGAUAACAAGCCUGUGGACGUGACGUUCCUGUCGUUGCCGAACACGGUGUGUGUGGGGCUCGCAAAUGGGGAGCUGUUUACGAUCGGAGAGUGUGGAACCAGCUGCGAUCUAGCUGGAGUGUGCGACAAUGGACUGCUGGCAAUGGAAUGGAGUCCCGACCAAGAAUUACUAGUCCUGGUGACGAGAGAAAUGUCGACAAUUCUCAUGUCAUGUACAUUUGACCCUAUCACGGAGACCAACCUCCUUGCCGAGGAGUUUGGUGAAAAGCAGUUUAUCACGGUCGGUUGGGGUAAGAAGGAGACUCAGUUCCAUGGCCGGGAAGGCAAGCAAGCUGCUAAAGCUAAAACUGAAGUCAGUGGUGAUCCACAAGCAGAUGACACAGUCAAGAUAACUUGGCGCGGCGACGGUGAGUUAUACGCCGUCGGUUUCACAGUCGAAGGCAUCAGACGAUUCAAAGUCUUCGACCGAGAAGGUCACUUACAAUACACCAGUGAAAAACAACCAGGUUUGGAGACAAACCUGUCUUGGAGGCCUAGUGGUAAUGUCAUAGCUACAACACAAAAACUACCUGAUAAAUACAUAGUUUCUUUUUUUGAAAAGAAUGGUCUAAAACACGGAGGUUUUGAUAUACCUGUAAAUUCUACCACAACAGUUGAAGAUCUACUUUGGAGUUCAGAUUCAGAAAUAAUAACACUACAAUGUAAAGAUAUGGCAGAUAAUACACAAAAACUGCUUCUAUUCACAAUGAGUAACUACCACUGGUAUCUGAAACAAACUCUGGUAUUCAAUACAGAACUGAAUAUCAGAAAGAUCCUUUGGGACAAUGAUUUUGAUGUGGCUAACAAUAAGAAGUUACACAUAGUUUUAAGUAAUGGAUAUCACUACUCUUACACAUGGAUUUGGAAUGUAGACCACAGUAAAGGCAAGACAGAUGAUGAUGAUGCAGUUGUAACUGUGAUAGAUGGCAGGAAACUUCUAGUUACAGGCUUCAGACAGACAGUUGUGCCUCCACCAAUGGCUGCUUUGGAAAUUGAGCUAGAAUCCUUUGCAAAUUCAGUGCAUUUUGCACCAACAAGCAAUGAAAGUACUAACACAUACUUUGUAAUCACUGCUGAUCAAAAACUUGUCAUCUAUGAACAGACACAAAAGUUCCCACUGCAAUACAAAGCACUGGAUACUAUAAUUUUGGAUAAGUAUGAGUUUCCAUUCCAAAAUUACAACUGGCAUUGGUUGAAACAUGACACUAUAAUUUGUGUCACUGUUGAUAAUGAGGGCUAUCACAUUGUAGAAUAUAAUAUUGAUGCAAAUAAACUUAUUAAGAAGAAUGUCGAAUCUUUACCUGCACAAGUUUUAAGAAUAGAAUCUCAUCCAACAGAUUCAUCUAAAGUGUAUUUGCAAUUAAACAAUGGUGAUAUCCUUCUAUAUACUGCUGGAGGGGAAAUUGAACCACAGGAUGUGUCAUUUGAAGCACCGUGCCCAAGAUUUAAUGUGGUAUCUGUAGAAGGGGAAUUACACUUAAUUGGUCUUUCCCAUAAAGGAAAUUUGUACAUUGAUAACAUGAUGAUUAUGAAUAAUGUAAGUUCCUUCUAUGUUCACACUGAUUUUCUUGUACUAACAACAUUACAGCAUGUUCUUCUUUGUACUGAGUUGACCAAUGCGGGACUCAAUGCUAUUAAGGAAUAUUCCAAGAACGAAACAGCACAUGUUUAUAAAAGGAAGAUUGAAAGAGGAGGUAAGUUAAUUGUUGUUGUGCCUAAUGAUACUAGGACUGUAUUCCAAAUGCCAAGAGGCAAUUUAGAAGCUAUCCAACCUAGACCAUUGUCUUUGAAAAUUAUCGGAAAAUAUCUGAGCUCUCUCAAGUAUUACGAAGCUUUUGAUCUGAUGAGGAAACAGAGGAUAAACCUGAAUUUGAUUUACGAUCACGAUCCUGAGAAAUUCAUCAAUUCCAUCAAAGUAUUUUUGGAAGCAAUAAAAAACAAUUCUUGGUUGAGUUUGUUCUUGUCUGACUUGGAGAAUGUUGACGUGACAAAGACAAUGUACUCGAGCAAUUACGCUGACGAACAAAAUAAAGCGAAUGACAAUUGCGAGAACAAGGUGCAAAGAGUAUGUGAGCUUGUUAGAUCUAAUUUGAGUAUGAGGUCUGAUACUGAUCACAGAAUAUUACCAUUCCUGACGAGUUUUGUUAAAACAAAUACCGUAGAAGAUCUUGAAAGCGCUCUGUCGCUUAUAAAAGACCUGAAGAUGAGAGAAGAAGGCGGUGCCAAACUUCCUGUUGGGUCUGACGAGGCUCUGAAAUAUUUACUAUACAUGGUCGACGUAAAUAAACUCUUCGACGUUGCGCUAGGGAUGUAUGAUUUCGACUUGGUACUUCUCGUUGCUAAUAAGUCUCAGAAAGAUCCGAAAGAGUUUAUUCCAAUGUUGAACGAACUCAAUGAGAUGGAGCAAAAUUACAAAAGGUUUUCAAUAAACAAACACUUAAAGAGGUUUGAUAAAGCUGUGCAAUGUUUAGUGGAGUGUGGCCCUGAGAGAUACGCAGAGUUGAAGGCGUUUGUAAAGUACCACAGCCUUUAUAGAGAAGCACUGAAUCUCUUUACACCAGACCAAGAGGUUUACAAACAAAUAUCAGAAGAUUUUGGUCUCUAUCUUAGGCUGAAAAAGCAAUUUACCGAUGCAGGUAUAGUUUAUGAAAGAGGCGGAAAUGUUGAUAAGGCCAUUGAGUGUUAUAAAGAUGCUUUGGAGUGGGAAUUGGCGGUGAACUUAGCACAAAUGUGGCCGAAAGAUCAGUUCAAGCAAUUGUGUUGGGACCUCAUAAAUUCACUAAAAGACGAAAAGCGUCACCGUGAAGCAUUGAGUAUUCUGGAACAGUUUUAUGAUGACAAAGAUGAAGCAAUCCAGUACGCCAUCGAAAGUGGACAGUACAAAACAGCAAUUCGAAUUUGCACACAAUAUAAGAAAGAUGAGUUGAAAGAAGAUAAACUUAAACCAGGGCUGCUAGAAGAAUACAAAAAUCUUCAAGAAUUAGUGGAAAAUAAUUGGUGCAUGUUUAUUCGUCAUCGAGACCGACUGAAGCUAGUCCGAGAGAAUAAAAUUAAAAACCCUGUAGAAAUGUACGACACGUUUGCAAAUAGGGACUGUGAUUUGUAUUCUGAUGCUGGUAGCACAUUGGCGUCUUCCUCCAGGGGCUCAAGCCGUUCAUACCGGUCGAGUAAGAACAGAAGAAAGCACGAGCGUAAAGUGGCAUCUCUGAAGGAAGGCUCUCAGUAUGAAGACGUGGCGCUGGUCAUGGCGCUGCAUACCCUGGUGACGUCAUCGUUCGAGUUGAGGGCACAAGUGAGAGAUGUCAAUGUGGCUCUCAGUUAUUUCGGCCAGGAUAAGCAGGCUUUCGUUUUACAGACAAGUCUUGAGAAGCUGCUGAAGGAAAUGAAGGACAGCUUCCGAGAUAUCUGGACAAGCGAGCUAGUGCUGGAGGCGACCAACGCCUCCAUCGCCGCGCAGAACGUUCCGGAGGGCGGGCCCGCUGUCAUACCGCAAGGCCUUGCUUCUCUUGAGCCCCACAUACGAAUAGCCCCUGUUGUUCAAGAUAUCAGCUGGAAGCUAGAAGGUUUAUAUUAAAAAGCUAAUUUAAAAUUUAAGUGCAAUGAAAAAUAUUUUGUAAAAUAAAAGUUUAUUUAAAUUAUAACUUACAUUUAAA